UGUGUAAAGGAGUAGAGAGGGGGACGCUGCCCAAGUUUUAUGCGAUUUGGGCAAAAGAGGAAAAAGUACGCAGUAUGAGCUUAGUUGUGCUGGAGCAGCGGGGAGUUCAUCUAUAAAGGGUUUGUACUUUUUUGUACUUUACGUCAGUUGUUUGUAACUCCGGGUGUUAAAAUGCCCAAUGAGGUGAAGCAAAGGAAAAAGACCCAGCCACAGAAGCCUAGUGAUGAUACGCCUGAAACAGUGGCAAACGGUCCCGGGGAAGGCCAGAAAGUGAAAACGGCAGCUGUGCACGUCUCUGAAGGAGAAAAGAGGUCCUCUACCUUGGAUUUCAAAGGCAUUUUGUGUUUACUGUCGCUCGCAGCCUGUGCUAUUCUGAGUUGGGUCGUGCUGCAGCAGAAUGAGAGGUUUUCUGAAAUUGAAGAAAAGUUCCGACUUUUACAUGAGGAAACCUCGCCUCUGGUCGCCAUGGAACAAGAAAUACAAACAGUUUCAAAAAAGCUCGCAGCUUCAGAGGACGACCUCCAGGUGGCGCUAUCUACUGUUUCCCUGGCAUCAAGACUUCAGGAGGACAUCUCCACCCUUCAUGAGGCUGUGAUGGCGGUACAGGCCAAUGAGAAGUUUGCCUCUGGUGAUCUACAAGAGGUCAAUGCACACUUUCUGAAUGUGACUGAGACCUGGCAGCAACGUCUUGGUGUGAUCAACUCAGAUUUGGUGGCACUAAAGUCAAAGUCCCGCGACAGUCACGCUGAAGCCACAGAGAAGGUGAAUGAGGCUGAGCGCAGACUUAAGUCCCUGGAGGAGAGGCUAGAGGAGCUAGAGGACAGUACCAAGAGAAAUGCCCGGGCCCUAGAGCGCACGGAGGAGGACGAUGUGAAGCGCGCUCAGAACCAACUCGACUGGAACACCAAACAGAUCCAAAAACUUCAGGACCAAAUCACUGGCCUGGUCCUGAGAGAGACUGAACUCAACUCUCAGCUCCAAGAGCAUAUCCCCAAAGCAGAGGAGUGUGAGCACCACCUUCCCAAAGUGGAGGAAGCAGUUCGUUCUAUUCUGAGACUGGCGAGUGAUCUGAGCGGGACUGAGAAAAGACUGGAGGAACUGACUCUCCAGGUGUUUGGCACAGAGGACAGCAUGCUCAAAGCACUCAAUGAAAUCCUUCAGAUCAGACAGGAGCUGGACACACUACACGCUAAAAACAGCAUUCUCAAGAUGAAGGACGAGCUGUCCGUGGUGAAAGAGGCGGUUCGUGAACUCACUCUGGUGCUGAGACAAAGCAAUGAUGAGAACCAAGUAGAGUCAGUCAAUCACAAGGAAGAGGAAUGGACCCUUGAGGAAGAUGAGCCAUGGGAAAAUGAGGAAGAAGAGCCCAGUGAUGACCUUAUCUCAUGUGAGAAUGUGCGGCUAAAGCUGGAGAGUCUUGGGGCUCAGAAAGGUCUGGAGUCUGGACUGAAACGCCUGGAGCAAGACGUGAUCCAGUUAAAAGACUGGGCCUUUGGACUCUCUGAGAAACAAUCACAGCUCCAAACCAGUCUCACUACACUCAAAUCUGCUGUGGGACAGAUUGAGGACCGCACAUCUGUCAUUGCAAAGGACUUCACAAGCAAGGUGGCUUCAGUGCGGACAGAUGUGCGCAGGAUGGAUGGGCUCCGCUCCGAGCUGGAGUCUCUGCUCUCUCAGGUGGGAGUGCUGGAGGACAAGACGAUGCAGGUGGAGCACUCCAUGGUCAAACGGAUCGGGGAUGUCCUGGCCAACAGCAUAGACCGAGUGUCCAAUCUGCGCUCCUCUUCUGAGCGCAAUGGCCAAGCUAUAGAGCAGCUGCAGCACCGCAUCCCUGAGCUGGUCUCUGCCGACAGGAACCUGGCGGAGCAGCUGAGGGAGCUGGAGAGUGGGAGGGCAAGGGUAAUACGAACUGUGACGUUUGCCAGUAACCUCAAACCAAAGGUCUUCACCAUUAAGAGGGACUUUGGGGCAUUGGAGCCUCAGCUGACAGAUCUCACUCUGCGAAUAGGACAACUGGCAGAAGACCUAACCAAAAGAGAGCAGGAGAUCCUGGAACUGAGACAAACACUGGUGAAUCUCACCACAGUAGAGAGUGAACUAGGGCAUGUAACAAAGCAUGUUAGUGAAAUUGUAGAUGACUCUGAUAUUGAAGUGGAUAGGCUGACAUGA